CCAUUCUGCACCCGUAUGUCUAUACUGUUGCUUGUCUCUGUGCGUGACCCGUAGAUGUGUAAACUGAACCGUAGCAACAUGGCGUCUUUCUUGUGAGCACGUUGGAAAUGCAGAUAAAAACUUUAAAAAAACAAAAACAUUUUUAACACCAGACAGCACUUUCACCGUAAUAAUGUCGGGAAGAAAUAACAACAAACUACCUACCAAUCUGCCACAAUUGCAGAAUUUAAUCAAAAGAGACCCACAGUCCUACACGGAAGAGUUUCUGCAGCAGUAUAGGCACUACCAAUCCAAUGUGCAGAUCUUCAAGCUUCAGCCGGACAAGCCAAACAAGGAACUGGCUGAACUAGUCAUGUUUUUGGCUCAGGUUGGACACUGCUAUCGAGAGCAGCUCACCAACUUUCCCCAGGAGCUGAAGGAGCUGCUUUUCUGCCACCACACAGUCUUGGCGCAUGACCUGCGAAUGACUUUCUGUAAAGCCCUGAUUUUGUUGAGAAACAAAGACCUCCUAAACCCCACAAGCUUGCUGGAACUCUUCUUUGAGCUUCUACGAUGUCACGACAAGCUUCUUAGAAAGACCUUGUAUAUCCAUAUUGUGACUGACAUCAAGAAUAUCAAUGCAAAACAUAAGAACAACAAAGUUAACACAACUUUACAGAACUUUAUGUACACAAUGCUAAGAGACAGCAAUGCAGUUGCCGCAAAGAUAUCGCUUGAUGUAAUGAUGGAGCUUUACAAGAGAAACAUCUGGAAUGAUGCCAAAACUGUCAAUGUCAUAACAACAGCAAGCUUCUCAAAAGUGACAAAGAUUCUUGUGGGUGCUUUAAAAUUUUUCUUGGGUAAAGAUGAAGAUGAGAAGAAAGACAGCGAUUCAGAAUCCGAGGAAGAAGGGCCGUCGGCACGAGACCUCAUCGUAAGAUACUCAACGGGGAAGAAAACAACAAAAAACAAGAAAAAGAUGGAGAAGGCCAUGAAAGUUCUCAAAAAACAGAAAAAGAAAAAGAGGGUAGAAGUAUUUAAUUUUUCCGCCAUCCAUCUGAUCCACGAUCCUCAAGAUUUUGCUGAAAAACUUUUAAAGCAACUGGAAAAUUCCAAAGAACGAUUUGAGGUGAAGAUAAUGAUGAUGGAGCUCAUUUCAAGAUUAGUUGGAAUCCAUGAGCUUUUCCUAUUCAACUUCUAUCCCUUUAUACAGCGUUUCCUUCAGCCACACCAGAGAGAAGUUACAAAAAUUCUUCUCUGUGCUGCUCAAGCCUCACAUCAUCUUGUGCCCCCAGAGAUUAUCCAGCCAGUGAUGAUGACCAUAGCAAACAAUUUUGUCACAGACCGAAACUCUGGAGAAGUUAUGACAGUGGGGAUCAAUGCCAUCAAGGAGUUGACUGGCAGGUGUCCCCUCGCCAUGACAGAGGACCUUCUCCAGGACCUGGCGCAGUAUAAAGGACAUAAAGAUAAAAAUGUAAUGAUGUCUGCAAGAGCUCUGAUACAGCUUUUCAGAACUUUGAAUCCCAAGAUGUUACACAAAAGGGAUAGGGGUAAGCCCACUGAAGCUUCAAUAGAAGCCAAGAUUCUUGGCUAUGGAGAGUUGGAAUCUAAAGACUACAUUCCUGGGGCAGAAGUACUGGAGGUCGAACAAGAGGAGGGCGCUGAUGAAGACGGAUGGGAGAGUGCCAGUAUGAGCGAGGAAGAGGAAGAGGACGAUGGAGAAUGGAUCCAUGUGCAGCAUUCCUCGGAUGAAAUGCAGCAGGAAGUGGCUGAAAAAUUAAAGAGCAUUCCUGAAGAGGAGAAAAAAGCAAAAGCAGCCGCUGUCACUGUGAGCAGGCUUCUAACACAAGAGGAUUUCAAGAAAAUCCGCCUCGCUCAAAUGGCCAAAGAGGUGAAUGCCGCCCCUGGAAAAGGUCAGAAGAGAAAGAAUGUGGAUAGUGACGACGAAAGCAGAGGGGAACUGCUUACUUUGAGAGAUAUUGAGUAUCUGCAUAAGAAACCCAAAUCUGACAAGGAAACAAGACUGGCAACAGCAAUGGCUGGAAGAACCGACAGGAGCGAAUUUGGGAAGAAAAGGGGUAAACUGAAUCCCUACGCCAGCACCACUAACAAGGACAAGAAGAAGCAUAAGAGUUUCAUGAUGAUGAGAUACAGCCAGAACGUGCGGACUAAAAACAAGCGCUCAUUUAGAGAUAAGCAGGUUGCUCUACGUGAUGCUCUCUUGAAAAAGAAAAGAAUGCAUAUGAAAUAACAGCCAUUCUACCCAGAACAGCAACAAUUAAAACAUUCUGUGCACUGCUGAGAGGACAAUGAAAUAGAAGCCGAGUAGCUUACAUUAUUCUAUUUAAGGAACUUUCUACUUUCACCCUGAUACCAGCGUAUACCUAUCUGUGAUUGUUAUACACAGUUUUGAAUGUGUGAGUUAGACUGACUGUACCAGUAUGUUGUAUCAUAAAGGUGUUCCAAAAACUGUUCUAUUAAACAAAAACAAAUCUAGAUUUAAACUUCAGUUAA